ACACUAUCACUUUGGGAAGACAAAAAAGCAAAAAUGAAACAAAGUGAUCAAAAGACAUUUUUGCUCCCGGUAGGUACAGAUGGGGUUUGCAGUUCACAAGUAGAAGUUAUUUCCGCCAUGGAGAUGGUGGACAGGUUUCUUUCUAAGGGAUCAGCAAAGGAGCGUGGGAAGCAGGAAAAGUCCCCCAAGGGGCAAUGAUAAAGAGGGCCGAAGGGAGGAAGGAGGAGUGAAGGGUAUCAAGACGGUGGAAGGCGAAGAUCCAAGCAGCACAGAAGACGUUUGAACAGUAGAGGGGUCACUGAUGCAAAUUCCUGGUUUGCGUGUCCCGAGGGCUCAGGGCACAGACGCAGACCCUACGCACCGCGCAGCCUCGCCUCUCCGCCCGCGGUCCCGGUCGAGCCGGCGUCCCCUCGCCUAGCAACCCGCCGGAAGCGGAAGUCGCUCGUGCGCCUGGGUGGGCGGGAAGUGCCGGCCCGCGCUGUUUCUGUGGUAACUGCCCGGCGUUGGUCCUUCGCUCGCCGGUGAGGGCGUGGCUCAUGGCCCCGGUGUCCCGGUCCCGCUCUUCCGAGGACACCGCGGGCUCUCGGAGGUGGCGACGCAGCUCGUCGGGGAGCCCGCCGUCCGCGCCGGCCAGGCACUCCCCGUGGGGAGGCCGCGCCCGCUCUCACUCCCGCGGCCGCGAGGGCUUCAGGGCCCCGUGGGGAGGCUCGGGCGUUGGCGCCUCUUGCCCGCUCGGCAGCUCUCGAGGGCCGGCCGCGGCGUCCCGCAGCUGCGCGUCCUCGUCCUCUUCCGUCUACUACGGCGGGUGCCGCUACCGUCACCGCCACUAUGCGGGCGACCGGCAGUGGGCGGAGGAGUACGAGAAGGAAAAGGAGGAGAGCUUUCGGCAGCGGAGGCUGAGAGAGAGAGAGAGGAUUGGCGAGCUGGGCGCUCCCGAGGUGUGGGGGCUGUCCCCACAGUUGCCUGAGCCGGACUCUGAUGAGCACACCCCCGUGGCGGGCGACGAGGUGAAGACUCAGGAGACCAGCAGCUCAGACUCCAGCUCCGGAGAAAAGAGGAAGAAGACUAGUCAUUCGAAAAGCAAGAAAAAAAGGAAGAAAAAGUCCAAAAGGAAACAUAGGAAGUAUUCUGAUCAUAGUAACGGGAAUUCAGACUCCGACACUGAUUCUAGCUCUGAUACUGAUCGAAAGAGAGCCAAAAAGGCCAAGAAGAAGGAGAAGAAAAAGAAACACAGGGGGGAAAAAACCAAGAAAAAGAAGAGUAAGAAGACUAAAAAGGAAUGCAGUGACUCCAGCUUUAAAGAUUCGGAAGGGGAGUUGCCGGAAGGUAUCUGGACUGAGCAGUCAAAGGCGGCGGGUGCCAUGGAUCUGAUAGGUCCGGAAGCACCUAGAGUGCACACCUCCCAAGAGGAGAAGCCUUUGAACUACGGCCACGCUCUGCUCCCCGGUGAAGGUGCAGCCAUGGCUGAGUAUGUAAAAGCUGGAAAGCGAAUCCCACGGAGAGGUGAAAUUGGGCUGACAAGUGAAGAGAUCGCGUCGUUUGAAUGUUCAGGUUAUGUUAUGAGUGGUAGCAGGCAUCGUAGAAUGGAGGCUGUGCGGCUGCGUAAGGAGAACCAGAUCUACAGUGCGGAUGAGAAGAGAGCCCUGGCAUCCUUUAACCAGGAGGAGAGACGGAAGAGAGAGAAUAAGAUUCUAGCCAGUUUCCGAGAGAUGGUGUACAGAAAGACAAAAGGGAAAGAUGACAAGUAAGGACUUUCUGUUGUUCAGCAGGACUUUUAACAACGGUUUUAUAUGACCAAAAUAGUGUGAAAAGACUUCAUGGUGCUAUUAUAUCUACUAUAUAUAUAGUGCUACUCUAUCUACUGUAUAUCUACUGUGUUAGGAAGUCCUUCAAGAAAAAGCUGCUGUUUGAGAUCUCUUUAACUAUUUUGUUAUUUUUAACUUAAUAUGUGCACAUGGCUGAACAAAUAUUCAAAUACUACAGUUGGAGAGUUAAUAAAAGGUCUUUCAUCCUAGUCCCUGAUUCUUCUCCCCAAAGAAAUAAUUUUUUAUGUCUUUUACGUCUGUUCAUAAGUUCUGUGUAUAUACAAGCGUGUUGCAGGAUCAAGGUUGGAGCUAUUAACUGAAGGUUAUUUUCCCUGUUGACCAUGACCUCUGUCUCUCAAAGGGCUUCAUGGAGCCCUUCAUUUGCCCCUAAGAGGACCAGAAGAACCCCAGAAAGAACAAAGGAUUCAACUGAGUGUCUCCUUCUGGUUGCAGUUAACAGACUGAGUUAACUAAAAGGAGAUUUAUUGGUUCGUGUAACUGAAAAGUCCUGCAUGCCUUUAUGGGACUUUGACUUUUUUCUUUUCCCUGGGUCAUUUCCCUCCUUAGUCUGGUUUCCUUAAAUAACAAAAGGGGUUGCCAUUGGUCCUGAGUUUGGUUAUAUACUUCCUGGUCCACCUCUGAAGAGUGAAAGAACAUUUCUGUCUUAGCAUUCCAAACAAGAAUUCUGACACUGACCCUAAUAGGAAUAGCUCAGGUCACAUGCCCACUCUCAAAAAAAGGUACUGUUGCCACAGAGAUAAGCCUGUUUCUGGAACUGCGGUUACAGUCAAUUUAUAGGCUACAUGGGGAAGAAGUGGAUACCUGAAUGAAAAAUCAGAGAAACGUUGGGAAGGUGUAUAAGUAACCAACAAAUGCCCACUAUGGUUUUGAGUGAUUUCUAAAAAAACAGUACAUGUGCUGAAAGCCACAAUUUUCUUGUAGCUUGCUUUUGACUGUUAGAAAGGGAAUAUCUGGGGUGCCUGGGUGGCUCAG